UGAGACCUCAGUUUCAGUUUUCCUGCCGCUUUGCUGAGGCAGCUUAUUAUUAACCAGCCCCACAGAAGCACAGACCUCUCCAACUGCGACUCCAGCAUGUAAGGACUUUUCCCGUCUCCGACAGAAGUAGAACAGAGGUCAGCGAGGCAGUGAAAGUCGAGCGCAGCUCCACAAAGCACUUUUAUUGCUGCUGAAGGAAACUGAAUGCAGGAACUAUACAAGUUUUGGAGGGAAGAGGCUGGAAAUUGAUCCCGAAGCCUGCUGAAGACAACCACAGCUGGAAAGACACAACCUCCAUUUCAGACAGCCUCACCCACCCCAUCGCUCAUCCAUCAUGGCAGAGCCAUCUCCAGGCUGGUGGAAACUGACUUUCCUGAGGAGGAAAAAAUCCCAACCCAAGGUUCUGUAUGAAAUCCCUGCAGAGUUCGUUUCCAACACCGCCACUGGCCAGCACGGAUCCGGCACAGUCACCGGACCCGCAGCCCACCCUGAGGUUAUGGUGGAUGACCCUCAGCUGGAUGCUCGACUGGAGAGGAUCGUGGAUAAAACAACGGCCAGCAGGGGGCGCCACGUCAAAGUGUCUCACUCCGGGAGGUUUAAGGAGAAGAAGAAAGUGCGAGCCACGCUGGCGGAGAACCCAGAGAUGUUUCCAGGGGAUGACCACAUGAGGGAUGAGAACCAGAGGGCUGGGAAGUGAUGGGACACUCAAAUAUUCUGAAAAUGAAUAGAAUUGCAUGUACAUAAAACAAUACUACAUAAUCAUAUAAGGACAGUCAAUCACAGAUGCAUACAUACAGUGGGGAGAGUUUAAAAUGUGGUUUACUCUGCCCACGUUGUCAGCUGAUGGAGCCAUAAAAUCCAAACGUGGGAAAACCUUCAAAUUCUUCUUUGUUGGACACAUUUUAAAAUGACAACAGAGGCACUCGUCAGAAUAAAUUACAUUUAAACGAUAACUUGUGGGGGGAAAAACGUGCCCAGUUUAUAUUUCAAUAGAGAAGUUUGAGGUUUUCCCUUUCACUUCAAUGCAAGAAGCAUCUAGUGGCCACCGAAGGAACUGCAAGUUUCCUCUGUUUCAUCCACCUGCUGUUAAUAGGACAACAUUGUUUAAAGGGAUUGAUCCUACAAGAUCUUCAACAACUGAUCAACGGUGCUAUCUAGAAGCACUGGGAUCAAAUUUGUGACCUUUCCCUGACUGGAUGGAUGAUCUCAACCCAGCUGUGUAGGAUAACCACUGUGGCUGGACCUCUGGACCUCAUGUGAGCUUGUGUCAACAAUGUGGACUCAAACUCAGGCUCGGUAUCCAAUAAUAUGCUUUGGAAGGCUUAGUGUAAUAUAUAAAAGGAAGAAGUGAUAUCUGCCAUUGAGAAGGACACACAAACAAAAAUCAACCUGAUUUCAAAGAUGUUGUAGGUACAUAUUUUGUUCGGACGUACCAUUAGCCAAUCAGAUUGGUUGAUUUAAUUUUCUGGUAAACAUGUG